UCUGCAGCUACCAGAGCGUCACUGAGUGUGUCUGUUUAUUUUUUUUUAACCUGUGUCUCGCUUCUUUUUCUAAAUUAACUAAUUCAGUAGACAAUGAGAGAACGCUAUGAUUCAGUUUGCUUAGGGAAAAGCCUGCUGAACCAGACGAAUCCCUUAUGCAUAUGAAGCAUUUCCUGGUUUUCGGGUAAACGCAAGCGGAUCAGCUGAGAUGAUUGAAUGAGCGAACGGAGAGGGAGAGGGCAACUCGUGAAUGCUGAGCUUCCGAUCGUCGUCACGUAUCUAGCUGUCGAGGAAUAACCUGUGCAUAAUAAAAGACAGCGUGCCAGGAUUACUCUUGAACUGGAAAUAUUUUGUAAUGUUUGAAACAGAGCUGCAUUUUGCACUUGACACUCAUCCAACUCUGAUCUUUAAUUAUAAGCUGCAUAUGUAGGUACAUAAGUAUGAAGUCAUGUCAAUGGUGAUUCACCCUUCUGAACUACUGGUCUAAUAGCCUACAAGAUUCCUUCCGUGUCUGAAUCAACUGAGUUUUUGCGUCGGAUCUGUGACAUUAAUGCAUCUUGCAUUGCUAUUGUUAUGAGGCUCCGCUGAGCUCGCAUCUACCUCGGUUAACUGCUGCAUUUUCUUGUGUUGUAUUGUAUUGAGAUUGCUGUGUCUCACCAGCUGUCAGGCUUUGCCGAAGUAUUCAUAAUAAUCUGGCUGUAUUUCAUGAUUUGAUACUUGAAUUAAUUUGUCUCUGGUUGGACAAUGAAGAAGUUCUUUGACACCCGACGGGAGAUGGUGAGCUCCGGGCCCGGUUCUGGAGCCGGUGUGGGAGGAGGCGCGGGGUCCGGCAGCGGCGGCACGUUUAUCGGAAGGGUUUUCACCAUAGGACGGCAUCAAGUUACCGUGGAGGAAACGGUGGCGGAAGGUGGUUUUGCCAUCGUAUUCCUGGUGAGAACUCACCAGGGCAUCCGCUGCGCGCUGAAGAGGAUGUAUGUCAACAAUGAAUACGACCUUCAAGUGUGCAAAAUGGAGAUUCAGAUUAUGAGGGAUCUUGUGGGUAACAAAAACAUAGUUGGCUUCCUGGACUCUAGCAUCACAGCAGUAGGGUCAGGAGACGUGUGGGAAGUUCUCAUACUCAUGGACUUCUGUAGAGGUGGGCAGGUAGUGAAUCUGAUGAAUCAGCGUUUGCAGACUGGAUUCAGUGAAUCAGAGGUUCUGCAGAUCUUCUGUGACACUUGUGAAGCCGUUGCACGACUGCAUCAGUGCAAAUCUCCCAUCAUCCACCGGGACCUCAAAGUGGAGAACAUCUUGCUGCAUGACAGAGGUCAUUAUGUGUUGUGUGAUUUUGGCAGUGCCACUAACAGAUCCCAGAAUCCUCAAGCAGAAGGUGUGGCUACUGUAGACGAGGAGAUCAAGAAGUACACUACUCUUUCAUACCGGGCCCCAGAAAUGGUGAAUCUAUAUGGGGGGAAGGUUAUAACUACUAAAGCAGAUAUUUGGGCUUUGGGCUGUUUGUUGUAUAAGUUGUGUUAUUUCACAUUGCCCUUUGGAGAGAGUCAGGUGGCCAUUUGUGACGGCAGCUUCACCAUUCCAGACAACUCUCGCUACUCACAUGACAUGCACUGUCUUAUCCGUUACAUGCUGGAACCGGACUCUGACGUAAGGCCUGAUAUCUACCAGGUGUCAUAUUUUGCCUUUAAACUUGCAGGGAAAGAAUGCCCAGUACAGAAUUUUCAUAAUUCACCCAUUCCAGCCAAACUCCCAGAGCCAGUCAGAGCCAGUGAAGCUGUGGCCAAGAAGAGUCAAAACAAAGCCAGGCUCUCUGAUCCAAUCCCCACGACUGAGACUUCAAUAGCGCCACGCCAACGACCCAAAGCCAGCCAGGCUCAACCGAUCACAGGCAUCCUGCCCAUACAACCAGCCCUCACGCCUCGCAAAAGAGCCAGUGUGCCUACUGGACCCACCCAGCCAAUCAAUGUUAAUAUAGCUGCCAAGCCUGUUGCUCCUGGCCAAUCACAGAACCCUCAGCUUCAGCAGAUUCCUGUUGCUCAGCAACAAGCCACUUCCAAUCCAAUACAGGGCACUAUAUCUCCACCUCAGACCACACCCCAGCAUGGACAACUUUAUGUGCAACAGCAACCUGCAGCGCUUUUUACUGCUCAACAACAGUCUGUAGCUGGGAGUCGUGGGGUGCAUAAAGUUGGCUCUUUGACUCCUCCCUCUUCUCCUAAGACUGCUCCAAAGGCAGGGCACAGACGAAUUCUGAGUGAUGUCACACGCAGCACCAUAUUUGGAGUUCCUGUAAGCAAGUCCACUCAACUGCUUCAAGCCGCCGCAGCCGAGGCCAGCCUGAACAAGUCCAAGUCAGCUAGCACCACUCCCUCUGGUUCUCCACGUUCAUCUCAGCAGAGUGUUUAUCAGUCAGGAGAUGCUUCAGGCUCAUCGGCUGGAGCCCUAGCAUCGUGGAACCCCUUUGGCGAUGAUAAUUUCUCCAAACUCACAGCAGAAGAGCUGCUCAAUAAGGACUUUGCCAAACUUGAUGAGAAGUUGAUCGAGGGUUUGAAGUCUCCCGAGCCCUCUUCCUCCCUCACUCUCCCUGACCUUCCCUUGAAUGACCCCUUCAGCCCUGCAGACUUCAGUCAUGUUGGGAUGGAUUCUCUGAUUCCUGGUCUGGACCCUCUGAAGACUGAUCAUGGGUCAGCCACACAACAAGAAUCUUUUGUGUCAGGAGAUUCUCUUUUGGACAGUCCUCUUCUCUCUCACCCCUCCUCUGGGGCUCAAAUACUGGCUUCAUCACCCUCAUCUCUCCCUGCCUCGUCUAUGGACCAGUUUACCCCUGCUGCUCUAAGCAGUGGACAGUCCCUCCAGGCCUCUGAUCUGGUUCACUCCCUCUCCAGCUUCCAGUCCUCUGAGACUGGGGACCAAAGCUCUGAUAAUCAGUUUGACCCAAUUCCAGUGCUUGUCUCCAAAACCUCUAGCAAAGGUGGUCAUUCGCGCAGCAACAGUGGCAGUUCUGAGACCAGUCUGCCCUCGUUGGCACGCUCUCUUCUGCUGGUGGACCAACUCAUCGACUUAUAGAGGAAACCGAGAGAGAGGGAGGGAUAGGGCAACUUUUUUGGGGGGCAGCGUGCAAUUCUUAAAUACUUAAUAGCCAGAGUUAUGAAACCUCAACCUUGAGUAGUCUCAUAAAACCACAGUAGUCUUCGUCCAGCUAAGCCUAUAGAGCGUCCUUUCCCAUAUUUUACUCUGGCAUUCUGUUCCCUUUUGCUGUGUGUCUCUUUUCUGCUGACCCAUACACAUUCUCAUGACUCCAUCAUUGAUCUAUCCUUCACUUAACCAAUUAUAUUUUUCAACUAGUGUUGAUAUGAAGCCAAAAAAAAAUUUUUUUCUCAAAUUUGGACAUUUUCACCAAACCCCUGUUUUCUUUCUACAGCUUUCCAAUGCACAAAACCCUUUGAAAUCGAAGGAUUUGUAGCAUUUUCUGACGUAACUUACACUCUAGUGUAUAAGCAUCCUUAGAAAGCCAAAAGCAAAUGUCAGGAAAGCUGAAAAUCAUUGAAGCCAUGUACAAAGUGGAAGUUUCCUUUACUACAUUAUUAGAUUGCCCUUAAGCCUGUUCUGUAAAAUUUAGCUUAUCCUGCAAAGUUCUAGCCAUGCAGCAAUAUCACCAAUAAACGUAUCAGCACACAAAUGUUUAAAUGCUUUCAUACACUCUCUAUAUAUUCUUUAGACUCACCCCAUCUCUGAUGGUCUUUCAUUCCAUCAUUUGUAUAUUCAGUCAUUCUGUCUCUUCCUCCUCCAUUCAUUAAUUUGUUCAUUUACUUGAUCAUUUCUUCCCCCGCUUCUUUUUCUUUUGCUAUAUCUGACUUAUUUGUGUCCAUGUGUCACUUGCUACACCCAGUAGUACCCCUACAAUAACUCUUUUGUAUAUGUUUGAUCCAAUCAGUAUUGCAUUGUUACCUUUAAAGACACAUAAAGGGUAAAUGCAAUAUGUAGAUAAAAAUGAUUUGGGGGGUAAACAAGGCCGUCUGUAGGAUCAGUGUAAGGACUGAGAAUCUGUAUAAAAUGUGUAUUAUUCUCAUGUUAAAUAUUAUAAGAUAAAGAUUAUUUAUCUGUGCGUCAGAACACAAGAUCUAAGGUUGCUUCUGUCAUUUUGAAUUUUAUUUUGUGUCUUGUGUUACUCCAUUGUGGGUCUUCUCUGAGUCUUUCUUGUGAAGGGUGUUUUGGAUAAACUUGAAUAUACAGAUAGUGAUUUCAGAAUUCAGCAGUUUUUAAGAGAUUCAGUGUUCAAUAAAGUUUGAUCCAACAAGCUUUAAAUUAGAAAUGUAGAUACAGGAUGUGUAUCACUUGCUGGAAAAACAAAGAAGGUCACAAGUAUAGGGUGUUUGAAGACACCUACAGUAGCACCAGUUAUUUUUGUGGUGCAUCUCACAAAACGUGAAAGAAAUGUCAUAUUUCACCCAAAAUCAAAAGAAAAACAAUGCACCAAAUUUUUUUUUUCUGCAUUAUGACAUAACUUUCAAAACAAUAAAGCACCCCCCCCACACACACACACACUCAGUAGCCUAGUGUAAUGCAGAAAAAAUCUUGUUCUCUUUACUGUUAUGCGGAAAAAUCACACUGUAAUGUUGAAAAAUCUCACUGUAAUGUGGAAAAUAUCAGUCAAUCUAGGAAAAACUCCUCUUUACUGUAAUAGAGAAAAAUCUUGUACUCUUUACUGUAAUGCGGAAAAAACUUGUGUUUAUUAUAAUGCAGAAAAAUCUUGUACUCAACUGUAAUGCGGAAUAAUCUUGUCUUUAUUGUAAUGCGAAUAAAUCUUGUCUUUAUUGUAAUGCGGAAAAAUCUCAUACUCUUUACUGUAAUGUGGAAAAAUCUUGUUGUCUUUAUUGUAAUGCAAAACAAUCUUGUACUCUACUGUAAUUCGGAAAAAUCUUGUCUUUAUUGUAAUGCGGAAAAAUCUUGUCUUUAUUGUAAUGCAAAAAAUUUCGUACUCUUUACUGUAAUGCGGAAAAAUCUUGUCUUUAUUGUAAUGCGGAAAAAUCUUGUCUUUAUUGUAAUGCAAAAAAUUUCGUACUCUUUACUGUAAUGCGGAAAAAUCUUGUCUUUAUUGUAAUGCAAAAAAUGUCGUACUCUUUACUGUAAUGUUGAAAAAUCUUGUUUUUAUUGUAAUGCGGAAAAAUCUCACACUCUACUGUAAUGUGGAAAAAUCUUGUUGUCUUUAUUGUAAUGCAAAACAAUCUUGUACUCUUUACUGUAAUGCAGAAAAAUCUUGUCUUUAUUGUAAUGCGAAAAAAUUUCGUACUCUUUACUGUAAUGCGGAAAAAUCGUGUCUUUAUUGUAAUGCGAAAAAAUUUCGUACUCUUUACUGUAAUGUGGAAAAAUCUUGUUGUCUUUAUUGUAAUGCAAAACAAUCUUGUACUCUUUACUGUAAUGCGGAAAAAUCUUGUUGUCUUUAUUGUAAUGCAAAACAAUCUUGUACUCUUUACUGUAAUGCGGAAAAAUCUUGUCUUUAUUGUAAUGUGAAAAAAUUUCGUACUCUUUACUGUAAUGCGGAAACAUCUUGUCUUUAUUGUAAUGCGAAAAAAUUUCGUACUCUUUACUGUAAUGUGGAAAAAUCUUGUCUUUAUUAUAAAGCAUAAAAAUUGUGUUGUCUUUACUGUAGUGCAUAAAAAUCUAAUUGGGGCAGAUUCACUAAGAAUGAAUUGCGCCCGCUAAAAGCGCUGUUUUUUUGGCACUAACUGCGCUUGUUUAGCACCCGAUCCACUAAAGGAAUUAUGCAGAUCAGGCAAAGGUGCAAACACACCCACAAAACCGCUGCUGAACACAAUGUCCAUGUGCAAUUCUGAUUUUGCUGUCUGAUUCUGAACACAGUAUAGCUGAGGAUGCCGCAGACCACUGUAUUUGACCCAGCCUGCCGGGACUGAACAGCGUCACUUUGAUAUAUACCAGGUUAUAACGCUCAAAUCAUUUGAUGAUUAUUUGAGUAAUUACUGCUGAAAUGAUCAUUUGAAAAUGCUCACAAACAUCUCUUUUAUAUAAAAUUAAUUUUACCGCCUACUUUCAUUUGGCGGUAAUAGCGUGAUGUAAAUUGCGCAGGGCAAGUUGCACAAAGUUUUGUGAAUGAAGCACAAUCUUUAAUGAGCCUAAUUUACAUAGAAAGGAGGCGUGUUUGCACGGAAAGGAAUGACAGUGACUUCAUUUACAUAUUGAAGAUGCAGGUAUUUGUGCUGAAAUACCACGCGCAAAAGUGGCACAACUGUUUAGUUAAUCUGCCCAAUUACCUUUAAUGUAAUGCGGAACAAUCUUGAACUAUUUAAUGUAAUGCAGAAAAAUCUAAUUCUCUCUACUGUAAUGUGGAAAAAUCUCAUUCUCUUUUCUGUAAUGCAGGAAAAAAUAGCUAUAUAUACAACCCCAAUUAUGAAAAAGUUCGGACAGUAUGAAAAAUGCUAAUAAAAACAAAAAGGAGGGAUUUGUAAAUUAUAUU